CCCUAGACGACGCAUCACAUUUUGGCUUCACCGUCGCAUUGUUCAAGGGCAGCACCGAGAACUGGAUUCUAGUGGGGGCUCCUUUGUUGAAAGACCAAAAUGGAUUGGCCACGGGGGCCGUCUACAAGUGUCGGUACGGAGGGACAGCAGUUGCAGCAAGCUCAACAUUCCAGAAUCAUCGGGGACGAAUAACAUUGGCCUUUCGAUGACAACUGGUGAAAAUAAGGCUGUGGUUUGUAUACCAAGGUUCAGCUACGAAUGCUUCACCAACACUUAUAUCAACGGGUUCUGUUACGACAUCGAUCGAACACUGAAUCAUUUUGCGAGAGUCCCGAAAAAUCUCCCAGUGUGUCCCAAGGUGAGUCUUGACCUGGCUUUCCUCAUCGAUGGAUCUGGAAGUGUUCGUAGCAGAGAUUUUCUGGAGAUGAAGGUUUUUGUCAAGGCUAUGAUGACUAAGUUUGCAAGCAUGAACACUCAGAUCGCUGUCGUUCAAUUCAGCAGUAAUGUCCAGACGGAGUUUGAUUUUCACAAAUAUAAUUCUGCUUGGGACAAAACCGGGCUUGUGGAUGCUAUUCGUCAAACGGGAGGAGGAACGAACACUCCAAACGGGAUGAAAUACGUUGCUGACCGCAUCUUCAAUCCUGCGUCGGGCGCAAGGGACAACGCCAAGCGAAUCCUCAUCACCAUCACUGACGGAGAAUCCCAGAACCGCUAUUUCCAGCCUGCCGUUGAUGCUGCCAAACGUAAACGCAUCACACGCUACGCCAUUGGGGUGGGCUCGGCCUUCAGCAACACGAAUGCCAAGGCAGAGCUACAAACCAUUGCAUCCGAAAUUGGGAACGUGUUCCAGGUGGGAAACUUCCAGGCCCUGGACCAGAUCCAGAACCAGCUGCAGGAGAAGAUCUUCGCCAUCGAAGGGACUGAAAAGAAAGGAGAGAGUUCCUUCCAAUUGGAGAUGGCACAAGAGGGGAUCAGUUCACUGGUGACUGAGGACUCCAUAGUGUACGGGGCAGCGGGAGCCUAUGAUUGGUCAGGAGGCAUCUACCAAUCGACAUCAGGCAUCCAGCCCUUCAUCAACGCUACAUUUGAUCGGGAUAGUAUGAAGAACGCAUACCUCGGGUACAGCGUGGAGGAGGCCCGGGGCAGCAGAGGGAGAUAUUACGUUGCUGGGGCACCGAGGUACAGACACCGUGGACUGGUGCUGGUCUAUAACCAACGUUGGCUCUCUCACCACACAAAGAAAAUAGAAAGCACUCAGAUGGGCUCGUAUUUCGGAUCGGUGCUGUGUGCUGUGGAUUUGAACAAUGAUGGAGUGACUGAUUUGAUCCUUGUGGGAGCUCCGCACCACUCGAGGCCGGCCACGGGGGGCAUGGUCUUCGUCUACAAAUUCCAAGAGGGCGACCUCUCUCCCCGGACCCCCCUAGUUGGGGAGGGAGGAGAGCAGCCUCUGGCCCGGUUUGGGGCCUCCAUCGCCCGCCUGGGGGAUCUGAAUGGGGACGGUGUGGCAGACGUGGCGGUGGGAGCGCCACUGGAGGACGGGAAUAGCGGCUCCGUCUACAUCUUCCUCGGCUCGGCAGAUGGGCUGAAGGGCCCCGCGGCACAGCAUAUCCGAUCGGCGGACGUGAAGACCGGCCUACGGUUUUUCGGCCGCGCCAUCCACGGAGCGAUAGACGUCAGCAGUGAUGGUCUGUCCGAUUUUGCCGUGGGAGCCCUGGGAAAAGUCGUUGUCUUCCGUUCCCAGCCUGUUGUCGAUGUCAAAGUUCACACCACGUUCGACCCACCGAAAAUCAAACUGAAAGAUGUCGACUGUCCCAAAAAUUCACAGAGGAAGCCUGAAGUGUUGGUGAUGAUGUGCUUUACCCUUCGCGAGCUCACCAAGAAGUUACCAGCGUCACCUAAAUUUAACAUGUUCAUGAAAAUGGUCCUCGACCCCGGGCGGAAAGUUCAGAGGGCAGAGGUCACUGAAGCCCCUCCUGUGAACUUUACAAUGCAAAACGACGAAUGCCUGAACUUCACGAUCCAACUUGAGAACUGUAUCCAGGACACCUACAACAACAUCCAGUUGGACAUGACCUACGUAGCCAAGGGCCAGAGAUCGGGCAUGUACCCGGCUCCCAUCCUCAAACAGGGCAGCACAGGAAUCUGGAGCAGCGGGCUGCCCUUCGAGCAGGAGUGUGGCUCAGACAACAUCUGUACCGACCGUCUGAAGGUGUCAUUCUCCAUGAGCGGCACCCAAUUCUUGGUCGUGGGGAGCCACACUACCCUUGGUCUGGACGUCUCCUUGGAGAAUUGUGGAGAGAAUUCCUACUUCACCGUGGUCACAUUCCUCAUCCCGAGGGGCCUUUCCUUCCGUAAGACCGAAAUUGUACAGUCGAAUCGCCGCGGCAAAAUUGAAUGCAACGAUGGGACGGAGCCGGCUGCACUGGGGCUACGAUCCGUGCGUUGUCUCAUCAGUCACCCCAUCUUCAGAACCAACAGCAUGAUGAAGUUCCACACGGUCUUCGACGUGGACCCGCAGGCGGACUGGAAGGACACGGUGGAAAUCAGCGUCAACGCCAGCAGUAACAAUGAAGCCCAUGACACACGAGGAAGUUUCCAAUUAAAGCGCAUCAUAGUUAAAUACGAGGUUAACGUCAUCAUCAAAGGUAUCGACUCUACACAAUACAUUAACUUCACGACGAGCAAGGCUGAAACAAAGACCAUCUCUCACGCCUACAAGGUGGAAAACUUGGAGCAGCGGAGUCUUGCUGUGAGCAUCACCUUCCUCGUCCAUGUGAAGAUCUGGCCGGGCCUGACCUGGGAUGACCUGCAAGUGUCCAGCCCCUGGAUUAGGGUCAAGUCCUGUCAGAAGAAGUUGGACUUGCCUCAGAUUGAGGAGAUGGACCCCUCAAAGAAGUGUAACAAGACCUCCUGCACUCUGUUUGUCUGUGACAUCCAAUCCUUGAGAUACAGAGACCAUCUGGUCUUCAACAUCGCUGGAAACAUCAGCUGGUCCAAUCCCGCACUGCUGAAAGCUGAGGAAUUGAAGCUGAGCAGCUUCGCGAGGGUGCGGUACGAUGAGAAGAAAUACAUCCACAUCUCUCAGGCAACAACCAAGUUCAAGGAGGCAACGGUGGCCACACGGGUGGAGGUGGUGAAGGAGCAGAAUAUGCUGCCAGUGAUCGUGGGCAGCACAGUGGGAGGCCUGAUCCUGCUGCUCAUUGUGGCCGCCGUCCUCUACAAGGUCGGAUUCUUCAAACGGGGCUUCAAGGAGAAGCUGGAAGAGGCGACGGAUGAGACUGGAGAUGCGGGGGGAGCGGUGGACCAGCCCAGUGUGCCCCAGGCCUGAGGCCACUUUGCCGUCCAGGGCACCACCACCCAUCCCAAACACCCACCAGACCCACCCCAUGAAGAUCCUCCAUCAUGUUCCACUCCCCUCCAUUCCCCUUUAUGAUGGUCUCCUACCCUCCAAACCCAACCAUGCCAUUCUCUAUAUCUCCAAAAAAGAGUUUUGGCCCGAAACGUUGCCUAUUUCCUUCACUCCAUAGAUGGUGCUGCACCCGCUAAGUUUAUCCAGCACUUUUGUCUACCUUGUAUAUCUCCAAAUCCCUCUACUCCGGUCCCACUACUCAAAAACCCUCCCCCCCCCCCCCCCCCCC